UUUUUCUAUUUAAAAAAGAGGGUGGUUGUCUGUGAAUCGAUUUUGUUUUUUUGUUGUUGGUCUUUAAAGGUGGGACUUGGAUUUGGCUUUUGGAUUUUUGACUGACUGAGUAUUGAGUGAAAUAAAAAAAUUUACACGUAGCGUAUAGAGGGAAAGGAAUUGAAAAAGAUUUAAAGCUUUGGCGAGAAUUAAAAAAUUUUUUGAGAAAUAGUAAACUGUCAAAAAAUUUAUAAAUAUUUUUAAAAAUUUUUAGGCUUCAUUUUCACUUGGACAAGCAGGAUAUAGUGUCUACAAGUAAAAAGACAAUAACUAUAAUUUUUAUCUAAAAUUUAAAAAAAUGCAGAUAUAUUCCAUGGGGACCAGUUGAGGAUGUUCUCCCAUAUUUGUCUCGUCGCGCGCUCGAAAAUGGCACAAUGCUAAACAAUCUAGGCAAGGAACGACGUCUACUUUGGGGCGAAUUGAAGCGUCGUUUAAGCGGUGGGCAAUUUUUCUAUAAGCCUCCAAAAUCUGGAAUUUGUUCUUCUCCACCUGUAAUUUUAUCUAAUGAUACUGCUCCAACCAUAGAUAAGUUUGACAUUGUACGUGGUCAAUAA